AUGACUGCCGCCCAUCCGGCCUCACAUGCCGCUUUCAGGAGAAAACACGCACCAUCCUCUGGCAAGCCCCACGUCCGCCCCUCCAUCCACCACCACCACCACCGCCAGCAACCAGCGACCAGCAACCAGCACACACCACGAGGGAUCAACGCUGCCCUUGCUCUCAGCGUCAGUGUCAGUGCCAGCGAUCUCCCCCCGUAG